AACUACUAGAAUUUUCCCACGCAUAGGAUUCGUUUUUCGUGGUGUUGACCCAGGAAUACAAGUCUACUUAAUUAACGCUAAAGUAGAGUGAAAUCCACGGCAAAGGCCUGUGCCACAUGACUCCGUGUGGAAUUGACUAGGUGAGGAGUCUUCAAGUCCCACCAAACCUGGAAAAUUCCCAUCUUCAAUAGCAAUUGCAAGGUUUCAUCAGUAACCACUUCUUCUUCAAUCUCAUUUGCUCAAACUUAUCUGCAAAAAAAUGGCAGAAGCAAUUGUCUCCACUCUCUUAGAGCAGAUAACAACAAUCACCUGUGAAGGAGCACUAGAGGAAAUGAGACUUCUGAAGGGGGUUAAAAAAGAUCUGAGAAAACUCAAAUUCAAUCUCACAUCCAUCAAAGCUUUACUUAAAGAUGCUGAGCAAAAGCAAAUAUCAGACGAAACUGUCCAGUUAUGGUUAGAUCGGCUGCAAGAAGAGUCUCUUGACAUGGAGGAUGCUCUAGAUGAGUGGAGAACCGUACUUCUGUAUCGGCCAACUGAUGGGGCUGAAAAUGCUUCUUUUCUUCAGAGGAAGGUAUGCCUUUUCCUCCGAUACUUUUCUUUUCGUCGGAUUUAUAGGUACCAUGGCAUUGCUCGCAACAUAAAAGAAAUUAAUGAGAGGUUAGAUGGGAUUGCUAAAGAUAGAGUAAGGGAUGAGGUAAAGAAAGAAAUAAUUGGUCAUUUGCUGUGUGGGACUAGCGAAGAAGGAGAGAGCUGUCAAACCAUCUCUAUAGUAGGGUUGGGAGGUAUUGGUAAGACUGCUCUUGCCCAACUGAUCUACAAUGAUGAAGAAGUUAAACAGCAUUUCACUACCAGAAUCUGGACAUAUGUUUCAAACAUUUUUUAUGAGAGUGAAGUGGCAAAAACGAUCAUUGCAGAACUUGAAGGCCUAGAUGAAGUAAGAGCCCUCCAAAUGGAGUCAGUUCCACUUAAUGCUCUUUUGAAAAGAAUUUGCAAGUCCAUAGAAGGAAAGAAAUACCUUCUUGUCCUAGAUGAUGUAUGGACAGAAAAUGAUGAAGACUUUGGAGGACUAAAUGUCACUUUCAAACAUGGUGCUGCAGGAAGUAGAAUUUUGGUGACUACUCGUAAGGAUACUGUUUCAAGAGUUAUGGGGAGUUCUCACACCAUCCAUUUAGAAACUUUGAACCAAGACUUAUGCUGGUCCAUUCUUAAGAAAAUAGCACUGAGAGAAAGGGACCAAAAGACUUGUGAAGAUUUAACGCCAGUUGGUUUGAGAAUUGCGGAAAAAUGCAAGGGUCUGCCACUUGUUGCAAAGACUCUAGGAGGUCAUUUACAAUUUAAAGCUAAUAGAAAAGAAUGGGAGGAUGUCUUUAAUAGUGAGUUAUGGAGGAUGGAUGUGAUACAUAAAGAUGUUUUUGUUCCUCUAUUGUUGAGUUAUUAUGAUCUACCAUCACCAGUAAAACAGUGCUUUAAGUAUUGUGCUUCCUUGAGUAAAGACACUGGUAAUUUUACUUGUAGUUUGAUUGCAAGAUGGAAGGCACAAGGUUACUUAGGCUUUAAUGAUGGUGAUGAUUCAUUAUGGGAACUGAAAGGCUUUGAGUACUUAAAGUGCUUAGAGGCUCGCUCUUUCUUCGAAAUUGAAGAUUUUGAUCCUUUCUAUGGUCAAUAUGCGAAGUGUAGGAUGCAUGAUUUGGUACAUGACUUUGCUCUUUUUUUGACAAAGGGUGAAUUUCUGGAAGAGGUGAUCUCCAAAGAAAAAUUGCGAGGUCUCUACAUUUCUGCUUAUAAGGGUGGUGUUAUCAGUGAUGGGGCCUUAUGUAAUUUGUUUAAUAAAGCCCGUCGCUUAAGGGAAUUGAAAAUGAGGAAAUACCUUGGUUCAACUAUUCCAGAAGAAAUAGGGAAGUUGUUGCAUUUAAGAUACCUUAACUUUCAAUCUAAUCUUCAUCUGAAAAGGCUACCUAAAGCACUUUGUAGAUUACACAACUUGCAAUUUUUACACCUGUUCCAGUGUCUUAAUCUAGAAAGAUUGCCGGAUGAGAUGGGAAAUCUAGUCAACUUGAUGGUUCUUGAUACUACAGCAUGCUCCAAUUUAACUUGCUACCCGAAGGGAGUUAGCAGAUUAACUCGUCUUACACAAUUAGUAGGGCUCAUUGUGAGAGUUGAUCGUAAUGAUCCUGAAGAGUUCAGCAUUGGAGAUCUAGCAAACUUGAGACAACUUGUUGUGCUUUCUAUGAAAAUAAUGGGAAAUACAAUCAAUGUGGAGGAGUCAAAAAAGGUGAAGCUGCAAAAUUUGCAGGAGGUGAAAAUUCUGGUGAAUGGGGCUAUAGCGGCAGAUAAAGACACCAUACUUGAAUCCUUAAACAUGUCCUCUGUCCCAAGGUGCUGCUUUGAUACAAACUUCAAUAUGUUUGGUCGAUUUAGUACCCCAAGAAAUGAAUACCAAUACUGCGGCUUUUGAACAACUAGACCACACAGCAAUGGGAUGCGUCUUUCUAACGUGUUACUUUGGUGGUGAUCCAGGAUGAGAAGGUUGUUGGUGAUGAUCAGAUGAUGUGUGUGAACUGUGAAAGGAGAAAGAUGUAGGUGCUCCCUUUUCCCUCUUUGAUACUUCCAUCUUGGGGGACAUUGUGUGGUUUUUUCGUUAAUUAUCUUGAUAAUUGUGUGCAGGUACUGCUUUUUCUUCUUCUUCUUCUUCUUCUUCUUCUUGUUUUUUUAAUUUAACUUUGGCCAUCUAGGGUUGGUAUUCGGUGUGCUGUAAUGUCUUAUGGAUUUAGAUUUUCUUAUCUCUUGAUAUAUUAUAAAAACAUAUAAAAUAU